AUGCUGGGAUACAAUGACGGUGGAUGGGCGUUUAGUCGCAACACCCUGGGAGAAGGGACUGGUCUAAUAUGGGUCGAUGGACUACAAUGUACCGGAAGUGAGGUGGACCUCCUGCAUUGUCCAUCCACUCACAGCUGGGGAGACAACUACUGCACUCAUCGGUCUGACGUCACAGUCUCCUGUAAAAAUUCUACUUUUCUCGACUUAGUAGACAUUCGUCUCGUGGGAUCCAAUGAAUCUGACUCGGGUAGAGUUGAGAUUCGACACAAUGGUCAGUGGGGUACGAUAUGUAGCAUUGGUUUUGAUGACAGAGAAGCCAGGGUCAUCUGUGGAAUGCUGGGAUAUCCCAAUGCAGGUCAAGCUUUCAAAGCGCCAUAUUUUGGUGAAGGAUCGGGCCUUGUAUGGAUAACCGGUCUGAAUUGUACAGGGAACGAACAGACCAUCAACGAAUGUCACCAGAACGGAUGGGGAAAUGCUGAGGCACGUGACUAUUACAGAUGUCGUCACAACUAUGACGCCUCAGUGUACUGUGGUAAAACUAAUGUGACAACCGGUAAGUAAGUUAAUGAUGUUAAGACAGGCUUUAUAAACUGUUAUAAAAGACGGAUACAUAAACUAUUGAGAUGGUUUUUAUCGUGAAGAGGUCCGCCUGGUUGAUGGCGAGAAUGCCUGGUCCGGUAGACUGGAGGUGAAACACGCUGGGGUAUGGGGAACGGUCUGUUCAAACGGAUUCUAUGACCAAGAAGUGGAAGUCUUCUGUCGAAUGUUGGGAUACAAUAACAGUGGUUGGUGCGUAUAGUGUUGUCGAAUUCCCUGCAGGGAUUAUAAAUAGGCUGGCUACACUACAGGGAAAUAUUAGUAUAUAGAUGUUUCCCCCAUAGGCACAUC